GACUCGUGCGUGAUGGAGGUGAAAGUGAACAAGAAAAGCAAAUCCUCAACGGACGAGGAAUUGCUGCUGCUUUCGAAACAGGAGCUGGUAGACAAGAUUAAGCAGCUAGAAGCGCACAACACGCAGCUAAAAUGCAUCGUUCAAAAGAACCUGAAACCGGAAACGAAGAAUGGAAAUGGAAAAUGCUCCAACAAGCGCCGUGCGUUUGAUUUCAGCAAGUGCCACAAACGGCACAUUCUCCUGCGGUUCUUCUACCUUGGCUGGGACUAUCAGGGAUUUGCGGCGCAGGAGGAUUCCAUCGAGACGAUCGAACACCACCUUUUCACCGCCCUACAGAAGGUUUGUCUCAUCGAGAGCCGUGAAACGUCAAACUACAAUCGUUGUGGCCGCACGGAUAAGGGCGUGAGUGCGUUUCAUCAAGUGAUUAGCAUCGAUGUUCGCUCCAAGAUUGCGCCGGAAGAUGAUCAACUGAGUGAGGACAGCCUUGCGACCGAGCUUGAUUACUGCGGGAUGCUGAACCGCGUGUUGCCAGAAGAGAUCCGUUGCCUAGCGUGGAUGCCGAUGGUCAAUCCUGGCUACAGUGCUCGGUUCGAUUGUCGGUCACGCACCUACCGGUACUUCUUUCCACGAGGGAGCCUUCGCAUCGAUGCGAUGCAGGAAGCUUGUGACCAUCUCGUAGGGGUGCACGAUUUCCGUAACCUCUGCAAAAUGGAUGUUGGCAAUGGAGUGGUCAACUUUGUGCGAAGCAUCGAUGAAUGUACGAUCCAUGCAUCGCAGACAGACAGCAACGGAGUGGGGAGCUAUGAUAUGAUGUACCUGCAGCUGCGUGGUAAAGCAUUCCUUUGGCAUCAAGUCCGAUGCAUAAUGGCCGUGCUGUUGUUAGUUGGCGAUGGCAAGGAAGAUCCUGCGAUCGUGAAGGAGCUGCUGGAUGUGGAAAGUAACCCCUGCAAACCACAGUACAGUAUGGCUAGCGAUGUGCCGCUGAAUCUGUACGAUUGCCAGUUCAAUGAGAAGAGUAGCGAUGCUUCUGGGCUAUCCGUGACCGAAGGGAGCGAUUUAAGGGAUUGGUUCUACAAGGAGGAGGAUCUGCGCCGCACCAUCUCCGAUUUGCAGAGUCUUUGGACCAAAGCGAGUGUGAAAACUACAAUGAUGCGGGAAAUGUUGCUAACACUUCAGGAUACCUUCACGCAGCAUUUUGGCACGAAAGAUCAAAUCAGCAAUCAAGCAUCUUCCCUUACGCUCGGAGUAAGAAGCCGGGAAUAUUGUCCCCUCUUGCAGCGACAACGAUGUGAAAGCCUCGAGAAUCGCAUCGAGCAUUUUGCCAAGAAGCGACGGAUUGAGGUUAGCAACAAAUCAAUCGACAGCAGCGUUCCAGUCCCGCUGGAGAAUAGCACGUAGCGAGCAUAAAGA